AUGCAAAAUCAUAUCAUUAGCAUCAAAAUGUGGAGUAAUGUAGAAAGAAAGAUAACUAUUCCCGAAUUUUAUCAAAAUAAAAAUGUGCUUAUAACAGGUGGCACGGGAUUUGUGGGAAAAUUAUUAGUGGAAAAAUUGCUAAGAUCAUGUAGUGGGAUUAACAAAAUUUAUGUCUUGAUAAGGCCUAAACAUGGAAAAAGUCCGCAAGAUAGAAUGAUUGAUGCUACUAAUGAUAUACUUUUUGAUACAAUACGAAAAGAAAAUAGUGAAGCUUUAAAUAAAAUAGUACCUAUUAGCGGUGAUAUCGAGAAAGUCAAUUUAGGACUUAGUGAAAAAGACAAAUCAACAAUAAUUGAAAACGUAACAAUAAUAUUUCACUCUGCAGCGUCUGUUCGUUUUGAUGAUUCCAUCAAAAAGGCGACUUUUAUAAACCUCAGAAGUGCCAGAGAAAUAACGUUAUUAGCAAGACAACUCAAAAAAAUAGACGUAUUUGUAAAUGUUUCGACUGCUUUUUCUAAUUGCGACAGAAUAAUUGUCGAAGAAAAAUUAUAUCCAGCUAAAAUGAACUGGAGGGAUCUAAUACGACUAGCUGAAGAAUGUGACGAAGCAACUCUACAACAUUUAAUGCAUAAGUUAAUUUAUCCGAUGCCAAAUACUUAUGUUUUUACAAAAUCUCUAGCGGAGCACGCAGUGGUGGAUCUAGCUAAAGAUAAAAUACCAGCUGUAAUAAUUCGACCCACUAUAGUUUGCUCAACUAUUUCUGAUCCGGUUCCUGGAUGGUUAGACAACAUAAAUGGUACCUCUGGUGUCCUUUAUGGCGUAGCAAAAGGUGUAAUCAGACCAAUGUGGACAGAAACAAAUGGAGAACUUAAUCACGUUUUCGCAGAUAGUGUAACAAAAGCCUUAAUAAUAGCAUCUUGGAAGACAGCAUUAUCAGGCAACACCAAUGAUGUCUGCAUUUAUAAUUUAGCAUCAGAUCUCAACAUACGAAUAGAAGAUAUGACAAAAUUGGGAAAUAGUUAUAUAAAAACAAAUCCAUCGGAAUUUUAUUUGUGGCCUCCAAAAGCGCAGUCUCAUAAUAGUUAUUAUGUAUACUAUUUUUUUGUUUUAUUGAAGAAUCUUUUGCCUGCCAUAAUAAUUGAUACUUUAUUGAUAUUAAGUAGACGACAGCCAAUGCUAUGGAAAUUAAAUAGGAAAAUAUUUAUUUCUAUGAGUUUCUUGGUCCCAUUUAUGAGUAAUAUAUGGUCAUUUAAAAUCGAAAACUACAUGGAAUUAAGAAAAAGUAUUUUACAGGAAGACAGUAAACAAUUUACUAUAGAACAUCUGGGUGAGAAAAUUUCUAGCAAAAAGCUUUAUGAGAAUUUGUUAAUAUAUUAUAAUGGAAUAAGAAAAUACUUUGCAAAAGAAGCACCUCCAACAGAAGCAAUGAUUAAAAAACAAGCUAGGUUGGUUCUUGUAGAAAAAUUAUGGAAGACGUUUUUAUUAGGUUUAGUUUUAUAUUAUGUGUUUUGUAAAAAUCGUUUAAUAUCUGUUUUAUCUAGUAAAAUUUAUACAUAUUUUGAAAAUCUAGAUGCAUGA